GGGCUUGGAACGUGAUAAGCCCUCGCGUAGAAUCAGAAAUCGGCAGAAUCAUAAUCAGAAUCAGAACGUCUACUCCACUCUACUCGGCGAGGCCAGGGUGGUCUUCCUACAAAAUAUCAAACUCCGAUCACGCGGAGCUGGAUUAAACUUGGAGUGCUUUGAUCUAGCUCUCCAGCCUUGAUCAAUUCGUCCAAUUUCAAUAGUUGGUUUCGAAUAUUCUUUAGGGUUUGAACGAAAGUCCCAUUGAUAUUACACAAUGGGGAAGAAACAGCACAGCAAGGACCGAAUGUUCAUCACUAACACGGAGUGGGCCACCGAAUGGGGUGGCGCCAAACCCAAAUCAACCUCCACUCCCUUCAAACGUCUCCCUUUCUAUUGCUGCGCGCUCACCUUUACGCCUUUCGAGGAUCCUGUUUGCACUGCUGAUGGCAGUGUCUUUGAAAUCACGCAUAUAGUUCCAUAUAUUAGAAAGUACGGGAAAAAUCCAGUGACGGGGGCUCCCUUGAAGCAGGAGGAUCUUAUUCCACUAACUUUUCACAAGAACUCUGAAGGAGAGUUUCAGUGCCCAGUGUUGAACAAAGUAUUUACUGAAUUUACACACAUAGUUGCUGUGAAGACUACAGGAAACGUGUUUUGCUAUGAGGCAAUUAAAGAACUAAACAUCAAGACAAAGAACUGGAAGGAGCUCCUUACUGACGAACCAUUUGUUAGAGGGGACCUUAUAACUAUUCAGAAUCCUAAUGCAAUUGACGGCAAAACACUCUUGGAUUUUGAUCAUGUGAAAAAUAGCUUAACACUUGAUGAUGAAGAGUUAAAGAAAAUGGGUUCAGAUCCAUCCUAUAACAUAAAUGUCAGUGGAGACAUCAAGCAGAUGUUGAAGGAGCUUGGUACAGAGAAAGCAAAGCAAACUGCACUGCUAGGAGGAGGUGGCAGCAAGGCACAGAAUGAAAGGGCCGCAGCACUUACUGCCAUUUUGGCUGCGAGGUCACGUAUAAAAGAAGAUUCUGACAAAAAAUCAAAUGGAGAGAGUAAUGCCCCUCAGGCUUACAGCAUAGUAGAUGCUGCAUCUGCUUCUGUACAUGGGAGAAGUGCCGCUGCAGCAAAAGCUGGAUCAAGUGAUAAAACUGCUGCUCGAAUUGCUAUGCACAGGGCUGGUGAGAGAACACCAUUGAAUGCUAAGCUGGUCAAGAGUAAAUAUACUACUGGUGCUGCUUCGAGAUCCUUCACUUCUACCUCUUUUGAUCCCGUGACUAAAAAUGAAUAUGAGUAUGUCAAAGUUGAGAAGAACCCCAAGAAGAAAGGAUAUUUGCAACUGCACACAACUCAUGGUGAUUUAAACAUUGAGCUGCACUGUGAUAUAACUCCGAGGACAUGUGAGAACUUCCUCACUCUCUGUGAACGUGGAUAUUAUAAUGGAGUAGCUUUCCAUAGGAACAUCCGGAAUUUUAUGAUUCAAGGGGGUGAUCCUACUGGUACUGGGAAAGGAGGGGAAUCUAUUUGGGGACAGCCAUUUAAAGAUGAAGUCAAUUCCAAGUUGCUUCACUCUGGAAGGGGUGUUCUUAGUAUGGCAAACAGUGGUCCCCACACAAAUGGUUCCCAGUUUUUUAUCCUGUACAAGUCUGCAAAUCAUUUGAACUUCAAACAUACUGUUUUUGGUGGAGUUGUAGGUGGAUUGACGACUCUGGCAACAAUGGAAAAGGUUCCUGUUGAUGACGAUGAUCGACCUUUGGAGGAAAUUAAGAUAACAGGUGUCUCAGUUUUUGUGAAUCCGUACUCGGAACCUGACGAGGAAGAGGAAAAAGAAGCAGCUGAAAAUGAGAAGAAAGCUGAGGAUGAAGACAAUGUUAGUAGUAAACGAUAUCACAUUAUCAUGUCAAGAGCAAUUAUUCUAUUAACUUUCUCUAUUUUUUCAACUGCCAGUAAUCUUCUUGCUAUUGUGUUUGUGUUAUCUCAGGACAAGAUUGGGUCAUGGUAUAGUAACCCAGGCACUGGAAGCACGGGAUCGGGAACAGUCGGUGGUGGUGUUGCAAAGUAUCUGAAAGCAAGGACUGCUCAAGCUGAAUCUAGUGUUGUCGACAAUGGUUCAGCAGCUGCAUCGAAAACAAAGAAGAGGAAGAUGGGAACUUCUACCGCAGAAUUCAAAGAUUUCUCGUCGUGGUAAUUUGUAAAUAAUCCCAAAAACUUGUAACAUAGGUAGGAACUAAAAAAAUGAUUUGAAAUUUGGAGAUGUGGGUCUGCCUAAGCCAGUGUCAUUAUAUAUUCUUUUUCAAAUAGAAUUUUUUGAAAAAAAAAGAGAGAAAAAGAACAGGUUGAACCUUUGAAGAGGGACGUCUGUUUUCUUUAGUUUUCAAAUCUAUAAAUGUACAAUGACAUGUAAUGUAUUCCUUGAAAAUGGCCUGCGUUGUAUUGUAAUAAACAUUAAAAUUUUGUCCUGUUAUAGUAGUGAUCAUCUCUAACA